UGCACUCAGCCAGGCUCUUCCACCCCCAUAAAUUUGAAUGAAAGGGAUUACCUGGCCGUAUCGACUCCACUAAUUGUACCUCCAUGGCGCGGGAGGAAGGCGAAGGUUACACAUGGUAGGAGGAUCAUCGCUGGUCUUGCUCAUCAUAUUUUCAGGCGUGGUAAUGUCGGCAGAAACAGGAGAGCAGGCCCCGGUGCCGGACCCACCCACGGAGGAGACGGAGGCCAUGGACGGUCUGGGGCCCAUCGACGCCGCUGACUUCUUCCCCGAGGUCAGGGAUGACUUGACAGAGGUUACCUGGGCACAUCGGGUCAACAGUCAGGCGGAGCUGGAGGCCAUGUUGAAAGAUGACAAGAUUAUGAUGCUGGAGGCUGAUGUCCUUAGCGGCAAGUUGAGGGAUAGCGAGGAGAAGGCCAAGGAAGGAGAGAGGGAGGGGGAGAGCAGCACAUCCCCCAUCAUGGCCCACCCCCCGGAGAAGGAGUCUGACCUCACUGUGGCGAUGUGGCUCGACCAAGUGAUACAGGCCAACCAGGGAGGGAAGAGGAAAGGCAUCAAACUGGACUUCAAGGAGCUGAGUGUUGUGAAGGAGAGCCUUGAGGAGCUUGUCAAGAGGAAGGAAGAGAUGACAUUCCCGAUCUGGCUCAACGCUGACAUCCUCCCCGGCCCAAGCAGUCGCAACACCCCCGUCCCCUCGACUGACUUCCUGACCACCUGCGCCGAGCUCUUCCCUCAGGCCACACUCUCGCUAGGCUGGACAACCUUCGUGGCCCCCAACAGCCCGGCGGUGGAGUCUGGGUACAGCCGGGAGCACUUUGAGGCGAUGGUGCAGGCCCUGGAUACCCACGCCAUCACCCAGCCUGUCACCUUCCCCAUCCGCGCCGCCUUCGUGCCACACUCCAUUGAGAAUCUGGAGUGGCUGCUGGAAAAUACACCAGACAGCACGGUCACCAUCUGGAGCUCACCACAAGACCCCUUCGACCCCGAGGCCAUCAAGACCCUGGUUGAUAUUCUCGGCCACAACGCUGUCUACCUUGACCUCCCCGAGACGCAGAUGACCCAGUACAGGGACGUCGCUGCUGCCGCCGCCGCUGCCGAGGGUGCCAGCAAAGGCGCCCCAUUCUGUCUGCUGCCCACGAGUGCCUCAGCGUGGGCUUCGGUGGGGAUGGCUCUGGCAACGGCCUUGGCAGCACUGUAUUUGUACGAGUGAGUGUGGGGUUCGGAGAGGGAGGAAGGGAAGAGU